GAGAGAGGAAAGCAGACGUGCAAAAAUUGGGGCGGUAAGGGCACAAAAGCGCAGCAAAAGCCACCUCUGCGCCGACGCAACUUUAACGAUGAGGUGACAAGAUCCUCUACGAGGUCCGGUUCCUCAAAUUCACCGCCAAGGGGACAGGAGAAGGGCGGCAUGGGUAAAGGACAGGGAAAAGCGGCCAGGGCAGCACUUCGUCAAUUGAUUGAGCAGCAGAAGCAGCAUGAGGCAGACCACACGAACCAGGUGCGGCAGCGUCGUGAGGGUCGCGGCUCUGUUCGGCGGUGA